GCAUAGGUAAGCCGUGAAGGUGUUACGAAGUAGGAAGUACCACUCUGAGUCAGCGUGCUAAGUUAUAACCAAACCUAAUAGAACUAAAUAUCUUAAUUAUUUAUGUUUGAAAUUGACACACAGCCAGACAUCGUGGUGAACGAAGAUUUAUUGGUGAACUCGACCCUGGAUCGGAGAGUUAGAUUUAACUUCAGCGGUCAGGUAUUUAGAACGUAAACACACCUGGACACAUCUGGGUGUGUUGUAUCGAGCAGUGACUGUUUAUAGACUCUUAUCAGAUUGUAUUUCAGUGUUAUGUGUAACAUGGUAUAGAACGAUUUCUCAACAUCACACCUGUGAUUUUGUACCUGUGAUUACACCUGUGCGUAAUAUGAACAUAUAGACCCUAAUCAUGCCUUCGAAGAAGGAGCGACUACAGGUCCUAUCACAAAUAUGGGCAACACCUACCCCAUUUGAUAUAGAUUUUUUUGACAAGGGGAGUGAAAUUGUUGUUGUGACAUCAUACAAAGGAGAUGUGACGUCGUGGUGGUUACGUGUGUUCAAGGCUCUGUACCCUGAUCAGGUGUACCGAGAGAAGGCAGACAUCACCAAAAUCAAGCCGUCCGAUGGAGUGACGCUCAAAGUCAACAAGCGUACAGGACUUAUGAAGGUUACUGGUAAAAACCACUGGCGUUGGAUGGUGGACAACUUUUCAGAGGUUUUGGACCAGGGUAACGCUGAUGCUCAGGAACUUGAGGAGCAACAGUCAGUAGCUGACUCUGUCACACGCUACCUACAGCUCGACAAGAAUGUGGAGGAGGUACAAGACCUGCUUGACAUGAUACCAGAAGGAGGAGGCAUUAUGCAGCAUGACUUCAUCAUGCGACUUUGGAAGAGCCUGAUAGAUGAUUGGUUUGGAUGUGGAGCAACACUAUAUAUUGUCACGCCUCGCAUUGAUGAGGAAAGACUGUUCCAGAUUUUCCUUCUGAUGAUUCGUAACAAAGGAACUGCAUUUAACGUGACCUUGGUAACCCCUGAAAAAUCGCCGGAAGGUGAGAAAUUCAAGAAAAUCCUUUCAGUCACGCAGAGGAUGAUGAAAAAGACGCGAACACCGAGAUCCCAGAAAAGACUAGUUUCGGAUGUGAAAAUGCAGUGGGCUAUGGAGAAUCUGCAUGUUCACAAUGAGAACUUUUCCACAAACUUUAUAGCUGCUUAUAAGGACGAGGAGGCUGAAGUGCUGACCACCACGGCCCACUUCCAUAAGAGUCAUUUCCACACGAACCAAAAAGACAAUGUGUGCUACAACAAACUCAGUACCCAGGACCUUAAGAGGAAUUACCUGUUCCCCUUGGGUGUGACCACAGUCAACUACUGAUUUAGUGGAGUGCCUAACAAAUACAUAUACCAAUUAUAGCCAUACGAUCAUAUUUGUAUGACAAUUUGUCAUUGACAGUCAUGAUCCAAAUCACCAAAUUGGAUCAGGUUGUCUGGCCUGGACCUCUGCAACACAUUUCUUGUGUAAGGCUAUAUAAGCUAGCUAUAUUACCGGCAAUGAUUAAAAGUAAAUUCCAAAUAAUUGCUUUGAGGUCCGAGUUUUCAUAUUUGUUGUGUCCCCUCAUGAUCAGUUUGUGUUAGAAUUUAACAUACAUGUAUAACUUAACUUAUUACUAAAAACCAUUGCAUGAUCAAUUAUAAAUAAUCCUAAACUGUUAAUAUGUCAACCUAAUACCAUCAACCAAAUAUACCUGAUUAUCAACCUUGACUCAUCAUUUUCAUUUUCAAGUUUUCUAAUUAAUGUAGUAUGAUUAAGCAAUAACGGUAUAUUACACAGGAAUGAACAGAUAAGUACGUGUUGUUUAGUCAGAGAUUUUACAUUUAUCAGUUAUACAUAUAUGUAAUCUAACAGAUGUGAAUAUUCACCCUAUAAUAAGUGCAUUUACAUCACUAUAUUUGAAAAAUGAAUUUGUACUACAAUCUGUAUAUACAUAUAAAAACUCAUAAACUAUAUAAUGUAUUUAGGAGAAUCCUUGUCAUUGUAAGAUGUAUUUCUUUUAAAAUCCAGAUUACGAAAUGUAAUAUGUAGCUUUUAUAUAAAUGUUGAGCAUAUAACAGUUAAACUUUGUAAAAUCGUUCAGUAAAAUGUGGCACAUCUUCAGCCCAUCACAGUCUC